GCUCUAUUUUGGUACAUCCCACCUCCUCGAUACCGCAUCGCAAGGGGCCUUUUAACUUUGCCCUUUCCUUGUCAGCAUCUUGAUGCUCUCACUCUCCUUGGGACUUUCUUCUACGGCUGAAGGCCUUUUUUAAUAAUUCCUUUCCUUGGAGUCCAAGCAACGACUCAGGAACGGUUCGCAACCUCCGUGGUACCGACCCAACAUUUACGACCAAAUUCUAGCCUCACGCCACGAAUCCUCUCCUGGCAUCUUGCAAACCUUAGCAAACAAUCCCAUCAGGCGGGCCCAAAGCUAGAGACUGUUCAUCAUGGCAGCAACGGCGCGUGCAACAGGCGCGGAUGCACAGGCGGAAGAGGUGCGGAGGAGAAAUGUAGCUGCACAAUCACAGUCAACAACACCAGUAGUAGCAGAAGCCCCAGCGAAGGAGAAGUCGAAAGAGAAGCCAUUCGACAUCAUCUCCUUCUUCGAUGAGUACGAGUUCAUAUGGGCACCACUAAUAUUCACCGCCCUCGCCUUCUUCACUCGCAUGUACAAGAUUGGUCUCUCGCCAAUUGUCACCUGGGAUGAGGCUCACUUUGGCAAGUUCGGUUCACACUACCUCAAGCGCGAGUUCUACUUCGAUGUCCACCCUCCGCUCGGAAAGAUGCUCGUCGGUCUAUCGGGAUACCUCGCAGGAUACAAUGGCUCGUUUGAGUUCAAGUCUGGAGAAACAUACCCUGAGGAGCUGAACUACACGUUUAUGCGCCUCUUCAACUCGGCAUUCGGUGCGGUCUGCGUACCCCUAGCCUACUUUACGGCAAAGGAAUUGAACUUCCGGAGACCUAUCGUCUGGUUCGUCACGCUGGCAGUUUUGUGCGAGAACUCGUACACCACCAUUAGUCGCUUCAUCCUGCUCGACUCCAUGCUGCUCUGCUUUACCUUCACAACCGUCUUCUGCUGGUCGAAAUUCCACCGCCUGCAAAAAGAUCCGUUCUCACCUGAGUGGGGUCUUUGGCUCAUGCUCACUGGUGUCUCGAUUGGAUGCGUCUGCAGUGUCAAGUGGGUCGGCUUUUUUGUCACUGCUUUGGUUGGACUCUACACUAUUGAGGAUCUCUGGAACAAAUUUGGCGACCUGAAGAUGCCCAAGAUCGAGCUCUUCACGCACGUAGCUUUCCGUGUCUUUGGCCUCAUCCUCAUCCCUUUCGUCGUUUACGUCUUCUCGUUUUACCUACAUUUCCUGAUCUUGGAGAACAGCGGACCUGGAGACGCCCAGAUGAGCUCGCUCUUCCAAGCUAAUCUGCGAGGCACGGAGGUGGGCAAGGAUAGUCCGCUCGAGGUUGCAUAUGGCUCCCGUGUGACGUUGAAGAACAUGGGAUACGGAGGUGGUCUGCUCCAUUCCCAUGUUCAGACCUACCCUGAGGGUUCCACACAGCAGCAGAUCACUUGCUAUCAUCACAAGGAUUCUAACAACGACUGGUUUUUCUACCCAAACCGCCACGAGGUCGAAUAUGACGCGGAGGAGGAGCUUCGCUAUCCUGGAAACGGUGCUGUCAUUCGAUUGAUCCACGCUCAGACCGGCCGCAACCUCCACUCGCAUCAAGUCGCAGCUCCUGUUACUAAGGCUGACUGGGAAGUCUCCUGCUAUGGCAACACAACUGUCGGUGACACCAAGGAUCAUUGGGCCAUUGAGGUAGUCCGUGAUGUUUCCUCAAACGACCGCUCCAAAAUCCGAACACUUACUACUGCCCUGCGCUUCAAGCAUACGGAUCUCGGGUGCUACCUUCGUGCUGGCAAUGUCAAUUUGCCUCAGUGGGGUUUCAAGCAGAUUGAGACAACGUGCGUCAAGGCGAACAACCCCCGUGACGUUUACACUCAUUGGAACAUCGAAAGCCAUACCAACGAGAAACUUCCCCCGGGUAAACCAGGCGACUACAAGUCCCCAUUCUUCCAGGAUUUCAUCCAUCUCAACGUUGCUAUGAUGACUUCCAACAAUGCUCUCGUCCCCGAUCCUGACAAACAAGAUGAUCUUGCCUCUGCAUUCUGGCAAUGGCCUCUUCUCAACGUUGGUCUCCGUAUGUGCGGCUGGAACGAUGACAUCGUCAAGUACUUCCUCCUCGGUAAUCCAGCAGUCUACUGGGGCAGCACUGCCUCUCUCGGUGUCUUCGGUCUGAUCGUCGCCUUCUACCUUGUCCGCUGGCAACGCGGUUACAACGAUCUGAAGCCCGCUGAUAUCGACCAAAUCCACUACUCUGGCAUCUAUCCCGUCAUUGGAUGGGUGUUGCACUACAUUCCCUUCAUGGCCAUGGGGCGUGUUACGUACGUCCAUCACUAUUAUCCGGCACUCUGGUUUGCGAUCAUCGUGAUGGGCUUUUGCUUAGAUUUCAGCACGAGAAAGCUCAGCAAACAGGUGCAGUGGGGUAUUUUUGGGGUGCUCUAUGUCAUCGUUAUCGGACUAUACUGGCUGUUUAGGGCGGUCAGCUUCGGCAUGGUGGGACCGAGCACUCAGUGGAAGCAUCUCAAGUGGUUUGAGAGCUGGAAAAUUACCGACUAAGGAGCGGACGUUUGACUAUGGCAUGUUAGUGCUAUACGAGGUCGUCAUGCGCUUCUACCAGAGGGAACGAGACGAAGAAGCACGCUCUUGGUGCUGGAGGGUCGUCAAGGUUUUGCUAUGUAACAACAUCUUCUUGCAUCAACUUCUUUACAACAGGCUGUAGGGACAUGGAUAGAGUGCCUAAUUAUGUGUUAAGGUAUAGGCUGGUUAGCAAGGUGUUUCGAGGGGAAAAUGGCGGUUGAACCAUGUUCACUGCUGCACAAUGUGAAUGAAAUUCAGCUCUUCAUUCGUUAAGUCCAGAUGAAUGAGGAUUUGGAAAGUGUGACUGUCGAGUCGCCGGUCUACGUUCUUACGAUUCUGAGGGCCCCAUCCAGCUAGCGUGGUACCUAGCUACCCCGUAUUAAGGUUGCAGCAACAACCCUUAGUAUCAUUCUUCAACAUUCAGGAUUCGAC